CUAGGCCUAAAAAGAAUUCCUCUUUCAAUUUACUGUUCCAUUCCCUCUCUCUCUCGUUCUUUUCCCAAAGAAGCUGAGGAUUUCUCUGCAAACCCAUCUGAGUUAUCUGAAUUUUUAGGUGUUCAGAGUUUGCUUGUUUAGGAGCACAUUAGCCGUGUUACAGCCUUGCAGGUCUUUUUCUUUUUACCCCUCUCUCUCUCUCUCUGUUGUGUUGGUGGGCACUACAUGUAACCCUUCUACGGAGAGAGACCCAUCAAAGACGACUGGCCUUUCCAUCUGCCUUUCUUAGAGAGAGAUAGAGAGAAAGAGAGAGAGAGAGAGAGAGAGAUGGGUUGAGGACAUAACUUGAAUAGAUAGGUAGAGAAGAGGAGAAAGAGAGAGAGAGAGAGAGAGGGGGAUGCCCCCCUUCCCCAACUGAAGACGGAAAGGAUAUUGUGUAGCUUUGUGGGUCUCUUGGGGAAUUGGGUGUUGGGGUUUGGAGGUAUCGGUGAUGGAAUUUGGAGAGUUGAAUGGCAAGGUCUGUUGGAAGAGGCAGCAGCAGCAGGAUCAGGUUACAGAGUGGUGGCAGCUGCAGGAGAAACAGAUUAAGCAACAGAAGAAGCAACACGAAGGGGAAGACGACUCGUGGAGCGAGCCAACAAGGGACAGUGCGGGUAAUCAUCAGUAAUAAGAAAAAGUGUAAAAAGAAAUCAAAAGCUGGAACAAGGAAACAGGACGGGUCUGAGUCUGGAUCCUCAGUGGAAUCAUCAGCAGCAGCAGCUUCAGAGGCAGCAUCUCCACCAAGCUCUAAAACCAACAAGACUAGCAGAAGACGACGACGAAGAAGAAGAUCAGGAAGAAGGGGACCAAGAUCAUUUCGAAGAAGAAGAAGAGCUACAUGGUCUGCGUCUGCAACAACCGCUUCAGUUGCAGCAGCAACAAGGGUUUCACUUUCAUGGCUAUCAUCUUCAGCAGCAACACUAUCAGCAGCAGCACUUCUAUGGAAGAUUGGAUGGGGGAGCAUUAGAUACCCACCAGACCAAACCCCCCAAAAAGCGAUCUUACUUCCCAUCUGCUUGUCCUUCUUCCUUAUCGUCUCCUACUACUACUGCUACUUUGACAUCUUCUUCUGGUAUCGAAUAUGCGAGAUUGGGGGAGCCGAUGGAAGAGAGUCGGCACCACCAACCGUCGUCGAGAUUGGGGCUAAGAGCAGCCGCCGCCGCCGCCGCCACCAUCGGAGGAGGAGAGAUCGUAGAAGUGCAAGGAGGCCACAUUGUGCGAUCCACAGGGAGGAAAGACAGGCACAGCAAGGUCUGCACUGCAAAGGGUCCUCGCGACCGGAGAGUCCGCUUGUCUGCUCACACUGCCAUUCAGUUCUACGACGUUCAGGAUCGACUGGGCUACGACCGACCCAGCAAGGCCGUCGAUUGGCUCAUCAACAAGGCCAAGGCCUCCAUAGACGAGCUCGCCCAGCGUCCUGCUUGGACCCCAACCACCACCACCACCACUUGCAGUGCUGCAGCUGCUCCUUCCGCCACCACUGAUACUACUCAUCCUGUCGACCAAGGCCACGAAGAGGAAAACAGGCUUCAUUUCCGGCACAAAACCGACACUGCAGUUGGUUCGAGUAAGAGGCCAAUGGCAUCUGCGGAGGCAGCGGCUUCUGGGUUUGGUUUUCAGCAUCAGCAGCAGCAGAUGAACAAUCCCAGCCACAGCUCCAACUUCCUUCCGCCUUCUUUAGACUCCGACUCCAUUGCUGACACCAUAAAGUCCUUCUUCCCAAUGGGCGCAUCUACAUCCUCGUAUUCCAUCAAUUUUCAGAACUACCCACCAGACCUUAUCUCCAGAACCAGCAGCCAAGCUCAAGAUCUUCGUCUUUCUCUCCAGUCCUUCCGAGACCCAAUCCUUCUUCACCAGCAACAGCAGCUGCACCACCAUCCACAGCCUAAUCGUUCGGCCGAACAGACCCUUUUCUCUGUUUCUGCUCCAUUGGCGUUUGAUACCACCUCCGACGCUUGGUCUGAGCAGCCACAUCAGCAGCAGCAGACAGCGACGGACACUCAAUAUCAGAGAACAGUCGCUUGGAAUGCCGGAACGGAUACAAGCAGCAGCUCAGGAGGAGGUGAAGGAGGAUUCGUCUUCCAUUCGCCGCCGCUGCUGCAACCAUCUCUCGGCCAAAGCCAGUUCUUUUCUCAGAGGGGACCCCUUCAGUCCAGUAACUCACCUUCAGUUCUUGCUUGGAUGGACCCGCAGAUUUCCGCCUCAGAUCAUCAUCAUAAUCAUAUGGCAGCUUCAGUCCAUCAUAGAUUGCCCAUCUCCGGCAUCGGAUUUGCCUCUGGAGGAUUUUCUGGCUUCCGCAUUCCGGCAAGAAUUCAAGGUGAAGAGGAGCACGACGCUGUCUCCGACAAGCCGUCCUCUGCUUCCUCUGCUUCACGCCAUUGAGUAAACAAACCGAAAUUCUCCCUUCAACAGGAAUUCUCUUAUCUUGAUGGAAGAGUCCAUGAAACGAGCUGUGUUAUUAAGAAUUUGUAGAGAGGAGGGCGACGAGGAGGACGGGAAGGAAGAUUUUCGGUUUCUUGCACAAAUGGCUGACCGUGGGAAGAAGAAAUCUGUGUCACUGUGUGGAUUCAGGUUGUUCUAUCCCCAGUUUCGCUUGUAUGAGUUUGUUAAUUUUAUAUUUCUUAACUUUCCUGUUUAGAUGAGCUCUGUGAGCUCUACUUUGUUCAAUCUUUAUUUGAUUUCUCUGAUACUGUAAGAUUUUGGAUUCUGUUUUGGAUGUCUUUCCGAAAUGUUUAGUCUUGGGAGGAAAAGGAAGACUUGUUUGUUCUGAUAA